AUGGCACUGAUAGUCGCAUUGAUUGCCCUGGCAUUUCUAGUGGCUGUCAAUGCAGAGUUGUGGACACAAUAUCCGAUUAACUCCCAGUUGCCGCCGGUGGCUCGAGUAUCCAAGCCUUAUCAAUUCACCUUUUCCGCGGGGACCUUCGGCGGAGUUCAGUCGAGCACGAUCUAUUCUCUAGUGAACGCCCCAUCAUGGCUUCGAGUGGACAGCGCAAGCCAUACGCUGUCUGGCACGCCGGGGAAGGACGACGAAGGGACGGCAAAGUUCCAGCUUGUGGCAUCGGAUACAGGAAACUCGGCCAGCAUGGACGUGACCUUGAUCGUCACGACCGAUGAUGGCCCUCAGCCUGGGACCCCGUUGCUCCCACAGCUAGAAGCAAUCGGGGCGACUUCGGCUCCAUCCACGAUCCUCAUCCACUCGGGGGAUUCUUUCUCGAUAUCCUUCGACUCAUCCACAUUCACCAACACCCGCCCCUCAACAGUGUACUAUGGCACUUCGCCCGAAAAUGCCCCAUUGCCGUCGUGGGUCACAUUCGAUCAAGCGUCUCUCCGCUUCUCAGGCGCAGCACCCAAUAUCGGACCGCAGACCUUCAAUUUUAAUCUAGUCGCCUCGGACGUGGCUGGCUUCAGUGCGGCUACCAUGAGUUUCAAUAUGACCAUCAGCCCUCAUAUCCUGGCGUUCAACGACAGCACUCAGACCUUCUUCGUCAACCAAGGGAAGGAAUUCACCACUCCGGACUUUGUCGACUCCCUGACUCUGGAUGGCAAUACGCCGGCAGCGAGUGAUUUGACCGGCGUCAAUGCCGAAUCGCCCGAAUGGUUGAAGCUGAAUAAGGAUACUAUCUCCCUGUCGGGUACCCCAUCCGACGAUGCCACCGACGCAAAUGUUACGAUAUCUGUGACGGACAAAUACAACGACGUGGCCACACUUAUUCUCUCGUUGAAGUUCUCGCAGUUCUUCAAGAAUUUGGCCGAGUGCGACGCCGUCAUCGGGGAAUAUUUCUCUUUUGUUUUCAACGACUCCGUCUUAACGAGUGAGUCUGUUCAGCUGGACGUGAAUAUCGGCAGCCAGCUACCGUGGCUGCACUAUGAUGCCAGCAACAAAACGCUCUACGGGAACGUCCCGUCGGGCCUGAGUCCCGGAAAGUCGGCGAUCAACAUAACGGCACGUGAAGGGACGGCAGAGGACAGCCGCCAGUUUACCAUCAAUACGGUGGACAAGGGGAGUUCCGGCAACAGUAGUACCGGCGGCUCGACAAGCUCUGGGGGAGGUUCCAGCGGGAGCAAAGCAGGUAUCAUCGCUAUCUCGGUCAUCAUCCCUGUUGCCUUCCUGCUGAGUCUAUUCCUCCUCUGUUGCUGCUGGAGACGCAAGCGCAGAGCAGCAGAGGCCGAAGAUGGCCAGGAUGGCAAGGAAAAAGACCCGUCUUCGGGUCCGGAUGAAGAAUCAGACCUACCUCGCUGUCAACCGUACGAAGAAACCGUAGCAGGCGUGCCACCCCGGAUGGACCGGAACCCCUCGCCAUCGAAGCCUCCCAAGCUGGAAUUGGGCCUGUGGGACGAGAACGCACAGCCGCAGGAAGAGAGAGACGGGCCGGAGCGGACACGGAGGGAGAACACACUGUCCACCUCUACCAUCGAGUGGGACUUUGCGCCGCUGAAAGCUCCGGAGCCGGACGAGGGGAAACAAUCCGACACGUCGAGCCCGGCCAAGCGCCGGUCUUUCCAGAGCAGUACGCAUGUGCGCAAACGCACGAACAGUUCUCACAAACGCGAGCCUCUCAAACCGAUCCAGCCACGGCGGUCGUUGAAACGAACUUCGAUGCAAUCGACUAAAUCCCGACGCCUCUCGAAGCGUUCCAGCGGCAUCUCCCCCGUGGCAACCGGCCUUCCGAUCCGGAUCAGCGGCGCCGGACAUGGAGCCGGUGGCUUCGGGCCCCCAGGCCACGGGAUUGUGCGGGUGUCCUGGCAGAACACAAAUAUGUCUCUGCAGAGCGACGAGAACAGCGUCGGAAACUUGGCGCCGUUGUUUCCUCGUCCCCCGCGGGCACGCGAUAGCUUGGAGUAUCCGAAGUUCUUCAGCCUCCGCGCGGUGGAGCCAGACACCCUGACUGCCUCGGAGACGGACUCCCUCGAAGCAUUCGUACAUAGCCGCGCGAAGCACCGCAACUCCUCCAACCCCCUGUUCUCGGGACAGCUGAGCCGCCGCACCUCGUCGGGCAUUCGCGCAUUGGAGCGAGCCCGCAGCAACGCGAGCCGAGCCGACACCAUCGGCAGCUCCAACUCCAACGACGAUUAUCGACGCUCGAUGCACGAACGCUGGUCGGCCGCGCUGUCCGCAUCCAUCUACACAGACGAUAACCGGCAGUCCACGUGGCUCGACUCCCUGUCCGAGGAGUCCUUCAAUGUGCGGCCGCUCGCGCCGCUGGUCCAGAAGCCGAGUCAGUCGAGUCUGGCCCAGAACUAUACCGCCUCCAUUGGCGCGGCCCCUCCGUUCCUCAGCGACUCCAGUCUCGAUGUCUCGGCGCAAAAGGCACGCAACAAUGGCGACCGCGGGUCCAGCGAUAUUGAGAAUAUGAUGGAAGAGCGUCCCGCCCCUGCCGACCACCGGAGGAGAUCCAAGACCAACCCCUACCCGCAGAGCGAUAACAACCCGUUCCCCCUACCAAAGAGCCCAUCCACGUCGUCUGUGCCGCUGGACGGCAAGCCGCGUCGCAUCAGCUUGAUCCAGCUAGAAGCCAAUGGCCAGGGACGAUUGCAGCGAGAGCAGACGGGGAGUAUGCGAAGUGACAUAGCAUUUGUGUGA